GUCCGUCACAAGACGGGAGACGAAGGAACCGCACGCGACCACGGGAGGAGGAGUGAAGGGGGCGGGGCUUCUAGUCCGGACCCUGCCCAAUAGGGGUCGGGUUAAUACAGAAUAAAAAGCUCCGCCCCCUCCCGGAGGGCGGGGUCUAGGCGGCGGGUCUCUAUCCCAGCAUGCUGUGCGGCCUGGCGGCCGGCAUGGAGCGCGCGGCGGUGCUGCGUGUGAAGCGGAAGCGCGGCGGGUCGGAGCCGGCCGAGGCCCUGGUGAUCGCCUGCAAGCGGCAGCGCACCGAGCCGGGCCCCGCGCCCGCCCCGGUGGAGAAGAGCCUCUUCAAGCUGGUGGCCACCGUCUCCUCGCAGAAUGAGCCUGUUCAGAAGUAUGUACAAGAAGCUAUUACUCGAGAUAAAGCAGCAGAGAUUCUGCGACCCUCUUUAGGAAGCACUCAAAGAAUCAUUCAGGACCUUCGCUCCUCCAAGCAGGUGAAGAGGCAGGAAAACCGGUUCCGCAUCCUAACCAGCCAUAGGCCAAACUGUGCUGAAAAAGAAACAAUUGCACUUGGCACAAAUGGCGAGGAGACAAAUGAGGAUGCUAAACUGGACCCUGAAGAAAAAAAAGACACUUCACAACAAGGAAGCACUGCUGCUUAUCAUAGUUCAAGUUAUUUUGGGGAAUUCCAGUUGUUUGAUGUAGUACAAGAGGAGGAAGUAGCGGGAGACCCCAAUAUCUCUGCAGCAGACACAGAGAAAACUGAUGAUCCAGAUGUGAUUCUUUGCAAUGCAGUAGAAAUGAUCCGUGAGCGUUUAACUGUAUCUGACAAUGAUAAAGGAUUAGAACACUGUGUGAAGGAAGAUGAUUAUGUUUAUGAUAUUUACUACAUGGAAACAUCUACUCCUGGCUGGAUCCAGAACAUCCUCUCUGUGCAGCCUUACACACAGGAAUAUGAACUGGUAGAUGAUGAUGAUAUUUCAGAAGAAAUAUAUGAUGAUGAAGAUGAUGAGAACAAUGAGAAUAACUGGCGUAAUGACUAUCCUGAUGAAGAUGAGUUCCUUCCUGAGGAAGAUGAAGACAGAGAAGGAGGAGAUGGAGAAUCGGAGGAUGGGAGCUUCAGUGAUGAAGAUGGCAGGAGUAUCCGGAGCAGAACAUGGGUCAAAUACCACUGUGAUAUUCUGAAGGAGUUUGAAUAUGAUGGUGUCCAGGACUUAAAUUCUGAUUAGCACUAACUAAUCUGAAUACCAGCAUACUGCCUGCAGAGUAUAUUCUUGACCUUCCUGCAAAAGUCCAGAAAAUUACUGCUGCUUCUGGUAGCUCUUUAUGGAAAUGUUAAGGUGAGACCUCAAAGAAGGGAAAAGCAUUUCUUUCUGGUAAAACAAAUAGCUUCCCACUCUUGUACAAAAUGCCACAUUUUAAAAGGAAGCUGUCCUUGUCCAUCUGCUUGAUCUGUAAAAUUAAUACUGUAUUGAUUAUAUACAUUAAGCCUGAAGUGGCCAUUUCCUAACCUGAGCUAUUGGGAAAGUAGAAAUCUGCGAAAAUUGAACUUUCUGGCAUAAAGUUCAUUAAAAAAAAUUUUGUACUUAAAAUCCAGGAAGCAUCUGCAAUUUCAAGUUGGUAGUAUUUAACUCUGAGUGAGUGUUAAGUAAAGCAAGUCAUUCAUAAUGUGACUUUUCAUCCAGUAACAAAAUUUGUUUGAGUGAAAGAUGCAUUUUUCUCAUUUGAGUAUUACAAAUGAUGGCAAGAAGAGAAACAAUCUUGGCUUUAAGAAAAAAAAAAACGCUGCAUUACUAUCUUAAGAGCUGCUUUCUCUGUAUAAAUGAAAAGAAUGGUCAAUCUCUAGACAUGUCCUAGGGAUUUUUGGCUGGACACCUUUUCCUUUGUAUCACUGAACUAGAGUAAUGUAAAGUAUUUAAUGCACUUGAAUAUGUAAAUAAAUAUUUUUGAAUUAUUUUGCUGUAAAUAGCCAUUUCUUUAAAAAAGCUUGGCUUCUACCCCUUAACUGAGCUAAAAGAUUCAAAAUGCUGACAUGUAAGCCUUCUUCUGCAGUGAGUAGCUCUAAUAGGGACAUCAACUUCUAUACAAAGCUACAAUAAAGUCAUCUCUGUAUAAAUCAAAAUCUCAGAUCGUAGACCUCAGAUGAUUAGUAUACACACCUGCUUUUGUCUUCUGCUCCUCCAAUUCUGUCUUCUGUUCUCUUAACUCAGAAUGGUAGAUCUGUGCAGUAGUGUUUAUUUAGUAAAGAAGGAAGUGGUUGGGCAAUCCAGCUCGAAUAUAUGAAGGUGCUAUAGGACAUUAGCUUUUCCUAACCUUCAUAGUUUAAUACAAUAAAUACUAUCACAUGAACCAUGCUAAGUGGCUAGUGGUACUAAACUUAAUUAAUUUUAAGUUACUUUAGUUUGCCAUCAUCACAGCUGUGGGUUGUUGCUGGAUUUGGGUUUUUUUUUUUUUUUUUUUUUAAACAUUCUACUUACUUUCCUAAGCUAUUGGACAGACUAUUUUGGGGCAACUGUUCUGGGAGCUGGUGCUACAUUACAGUAGCCCUUUCCCUUCCCGCCUAGGAUAAGAGGAUUUAAUGUAAAACUCAUCACUGUCUUAGGGUUGUUAUGGCCUUCUCAUAUCAGACAUUCCCAUUGCUGCAGCCUUUACCACCUAGGGCAGAACUAGUUGUCAGUGCACUCAAAAGUGGUACCUGAAAUCAAGGAAGAAACAAAUAGAGUUUUCAGAGUAACAGCCGUGGUAGUCUGAUGCAUCCGAUGAAGUGAGCUGUAGCUCACGAAAGCUUAUGCUCAAAUAAAUUGGUUAGUCUCUAAGGUGCCACAAGUACUCCUUUUCUUUUUGCAAAUACAGUUUUGUGGUUAUUUCCCUUGCACUAGUAACUAGUAAGGCAGUAGUGAUUGUAGUGACAGCAAAGCAACUUUUAGAGAAAUAACGUGGUUGAUCUUUCAUUGGACCAACUGAUGGUGAGAGACAACCUUUUGAGUUUACACAGCUCUUCAGAAGCUUUUCUUUCAAACAGAAGUUGGUUCCAUAAAAGAUAUGACUUCACCCACCUUGUCUCUAAUAUCCUGGGACUGACAUGGAUACAACACUACAUACAAACCUCCUUCUGUCAAUAUCAAACUGAAAUACAGGUUUUUCUGGUGUUUAACUUGAAGAUUGGCCACAAACAUCAACUAGCAUUCUCUGCUAGAGCUCUAGUGAAGUCCUGUGGGAGAAGUUACACUAAAGCAAUGCCACAGAUUGAAUCAGGGGACAAAGAAUAGAGUUCAAUAAAUCAUUCAAAGCAUUUGCAACUUGUGUGAGUGAGGUUAAUGUCUUUAAAAUAAGAACUUUGACUGAUUUAUUGAACUCUAUUCUUUGUCCCCUGAUUCAGUCCCUGGCAUUCUACAAUCAAGAGUAGUUAGGCAGCUAGUGGGGUAGCAACUGGUGCAGCAUGCAUGUCAGUGGUCUAGCAAUGUUCACCAAAUCUAUAGUGAGUGUACGCUAUGAUUUUUGGGAGACCUGGCUUGAGGAUUAGAACUAUAGUUACUUUUUAGACCAUGAAAGUUUGAGAAAUCAUCCUCUAACCUCAGUUUGUGGAAUUUGGAAGACAGCAUAAUUUUUGACCAUUAUCUAAAACUAGGAAAAGGACUUACUGCCAUUGUAUAUAAGACUUCUGAAAAUGCAACUGUGGUUUAGGAUCAAAUAAAACUAAAGUCUCAACUCUCACAAGUCUGCCU